UGUGCUCAGAAGCAGUCACUUCAGCGAAUUUUAGGUUAUUUUAAUUGUAUUCAAAAGCAUAUGCUGAACAUAUCCGUGAUUUUACUGUUGGCUUAUAAUUAUUUGGAUUUAAAAUGCUCAUUGCAUUUAUGCGAGGCUCCUGGCGCUUUCGUGGUAGCACUUGCCAUCUAUCUUAAGCUUCAUGUAUCUGAAGUACAUUGGUCUUGGCGUGCAAAUAGCUUAAAUCCUUACUAUGAAUGGAAUGAACCAACUAAUAUGAUUUUGGAUGAUACAUUAAUCGCGAAGAGCUAUGCAAAAUGGCUUUUUGGACCAGAUAAUAGUGGGAAUAUAUUUAAUUGGACGCAGAAUUAUCUGGAUUAUAUCGUUUGUAAAACUGGCAAGUUUCAUCUGAUAACUGCCGAUGGCAGUUUCAACUGCCAGGUAAAUUCAAGCAUUUUAAUGCUUUUUAAGUUUUCUCUUAUUUUAACCAUUCAAAUCGCUUUGGAUCUUUUACGACCUAAUGGAAGUUUUGUGAUUAAAAUGUAUACAAUUUACCGUAAAGAAACUGUUGAAACUAUUUUUGAUUUGUUUACAUCAUUCGAGAGAUUAUAUAUGUUCAAACCCUCUUCAAGUAAACCUGGAAAUCCUGAAGUGAGUCUAAUCUUUUAUUUUGAUCAAUGUCUCAAAAUCAUUUUUUUUCUGAAUCUUAGCUUUUUUUAA